UUGACGACAAGGAAAGAUGGUACCUGCCUCGGCCCCGGCCCUUGCCCCUGCCCCUGCCCCUACCCCUGCCAAGCAUGGAGGAUUGCGAGCUACUCUUUUCAUAAAUGGUGUGCAGGCUUUGGAGACAACGGCAAUUGCAGCAGUAGGAAACAACCUGAUUACCUACCUAGUUAACGACAUGCAUUACUCGCUCUCUAAAUCUGCUAACAUUGUCACCAAUUUCGUCGCUACAACUUUUCUGCUCUCCAUUCUAGGCGGAUUUCUCUCUGACUCCUACCUCGGAAGCUUCCUCACAAUUUUAAUCUUCGGUCUCAUUGAAUUAAUUGGAUACAUUGUAAUUGCAGUAGAAGCUCACGUUCCAAGUCUGAAACCUGAAGCGUGCGAUGUGAGAGGUAGUGUUGUUUGUGAAGAAGCAAAAGGCGUAGAAGCGGUGCUUCUUUAUGUGGGACUUUAUACGAUUGCUGUGGGAAGUGGGUGUUUGAAACCCAACAUAAUUGCAUAUGGGGGAGACCAGUUGUCAUGUGAGGGUGAGGCAAAUGGGAGGAGGGCAAAGUAUUUCAAUAUGGCGUACCUGAGCUUUUGCGUGGGAGAAGUCAUCGCUUUGACCUUGUUGAUUUGGAUCCAAACCCGUUUUGGUAUGGACGUCGGUUUCGGAGUUUCUGCUGGACUUAUGCUCUUUGCCUUGCUCAUUCUCACAUCUGCAACUCCAUUCUACUUAAACAGGCCUCCUCAAGGAAGCAUUUUCACUCACAUUCUUCAGAUAUUAGUGGCUGUUCACAAGAAGAAAUUGGAACAUGCAUCUAAUCAAAAAAUGUUAUCAGAAUUGAGUGAAAACACAUCAAGAAGAGGACCUGAGAGACAGUCACUUAGCUACCCAGAUCAAUUCAGGUAUUUGGAGCAGGGUGCAAUGGUGGAAGAGGAGAGUAGAGAGGUAGAACAACUGAAGCUUGUGAUACGCGUGAUGCCCAUAUUUGGGUGCACCAUAGUGACGAAUUGCAUACUUGCACAGCUGCAAACAUUCUCUGUUGAGCAGGCGAGCAGCAUGGAGAGCAGAGUUGCUGGAUUCCAAGUACCAGCAGCCUCUGUUCAAGCCAUUCCCUACGUAAUAAUGGUGGGGGUGGUGCCUUUGUAUGUGACGGUGUUUGUGCCAUUGCUUCGGCGUAUGACUGGAAAGGAGAGUGGCAUUUCUCAACUGCAGAGAAUUGGCAUUGGACUGUUUGUUUCGACCCUCUCAAUGGUGACAGCAGCCGUGGUGGAAAGCAAGAGAAAAGCAGUAGCACCACAGAAGCUUUCCAUAUUGUGGAUUGCACCACAGUUCAUAAUAUUUGGUUUCUCUGAAAUGUUUACUGCAGUGGGGUUGUUGGAAUUCUUUUACAGCCAGUCAGUGGCCGGAAUGCAAUCCUUUCUCACUGCUCUCACAUAUUGUUCCUACUCUUUUGGCUUCUUUCUCAGUAGUGCUCUUGUAUCUAUUGUUAAUCUUGUAACAAAGACCAGGAAUCAACAAGGCUGGCUCUCACACAAUAACCUCAAUGAAGACCACCUUGAUCUCUUCUACUGGUUGCUCUCAACUGUAAGCUUCCUCAAUUUCUUCAACUAUAUUUUCUGGUCAAGAUGGUUUAAAUACCACCCAAGUCAGUCCCAGGGAUAAUCCUGGGAAGAAGAAGAAGAAGAAGAUGGUGUUUCCACAUGUUGUUGGGAUGCUAUUCACAAACUUUGAGUUAACUAGAGCUGCUGCUCAUUAUAUUAGUCACUAAUAUGACUGAAACCUAAUAUCUAAGGGCCUAUUAAACCAUAGCCCCACCUCUUUUGUAUAUCAAGCCUUCCAUAUAAUCCACACAAAUUUGGUACCCGCUUA